AUGGUCCUCGAGGAAGCUACGGCGCCUGCGCCAGAAGCUUUCACAGACGAGCCAUAUCCCUCCGACAAUGACCCCUACGCAGGCUCUCAACCGCAGACGAGCCAAGCAGGCCCCAUGGACGUCGACAUGAGCAAACUCCCAGGACCAAUACCAAUCGUCGGACCCAUGUUAGGCUAUUCUCGAGCAAGAAUCGCUAUGGACAUAAAAGAGCAUAUCAGUCUGGCUACGCAGAUCCUCAAGCGGCCGCUGAACAAGGGUGAGGUAGACGCAAUCGCAUACAACACGGCGAACGCAAAGUCACUGGCAUCAUACGGCUGCGCGACGGGCGCCGCGUUGGGCGCGUAUCAAUGCUACAGGACACGGGAGACGUUCCGGUUUCCAUUCUUCACGCCACCGGCGGACAAAUUCAACCCGGAAAUUUUUGGGCCACUUAGGGGCCAGACUGCAAGACAAGCAUGGCAUGUUCUUAGAGCGGGACCGUACGUGCUGCUCGUGAGCUUGGUAGGCGCUUUCGCGACAAACAACUACGGAGCGCUUAAAGCUGCUGUGUCAAUGUCGCAGGAUCCGCGUCUCAAGGACUUUAACGAAGAGCUGAGGAGACGGGUGCAGGAGCGGGGAGGAAGGAUAAUAACUCAGCGGCCCCCACCGUCUUCGCCUCGAACACCCACAGAAGGUCGUGCUCCAGCUGGUGGCGCCGCAACCCCCGGCGGAAAGUCAGUCUAUGGCGACGAGGACGACAUGUCACCCACCGGCGGCGCGUACAAUUACGACUUGUCCGGUGACCCGAACUCAACCACCGACACUGGCAUCCUCUCUGACAGUCAGAUGCGCGGUCAGGAGGUGCGGCAGCGAGCAGACCCGAGGAGAAGUCCGACCGAGGAUCGUGGAGCUACGUUCCAGAUGGACAAGGUGACCUCGCAACCAUCCAACUACGAGGAUGCAUCUGGCUCCGGCUCGCAACCUGCACGAAGCUCAGGGGGUGGAUCAGCGUGGGAUCGUGUCAGGCAACAGGCGGGGCGUGGAGACGUAUCGCGUGGGUCACCACGAUAUCCAACACCGAGCAAUGCGGGUAGUGGCAUUCAGCGGGAGCAAAGAGAGGGAUCGACGACUGGGGACAGCUUCACCUUCUCAUCCGCGGACGAGGAUAGACAGUUGGCGAAGGCGGAGGCACAGAAAGAGUUUGAUGCGAGGAUUGAACGAGAGAGGAGGGGCGGAGAUUUUGGUGACUCGAGCAAAAGAUGGUGA